CCAAGGAGUUGCUUUGCUAGUAGGAGACAUGGAGAUCUUGCUGCCAAUGCUGCUCUUGAUAGCCUUGCUCUGUCUGGUGCCCGGACUGGACGGGGCCCCGAUUCCCAAGAGAUCAGAAGAUCCAGAGGGAUCAGGACCACAGCGAUUGGAGAUGACCGGAACGGAAGUACAUCACACCCCAACGACAACCGCUUUUUGGAGGCUGCGGAAUGACAAAAUUGCCACCAUCAUGCUGCAUAAGGACACCACCACCACCCAAGAGAGCACCACUCCAGAGGUUCCCCAGAAAGCGAUAUCUCUUUCUCUUUCAGAAGAACCCGUGGUCAGCAUCCUGCCACGGAAGGUGGAGGUCCUCCUUGAGACAUCACCCUUGAGGCCUCGGAGUGAUAUACACGGCACCAUCAUUCUGCUUCCGGACACACCUCCAAAAGUCACCCAUCACGUGACGAGCGCAUCGGUUGCCAUCUAUUCUUCCCAUUCAGAAAAGCCACCAACAAAAAUUAACAACAUAGCCAUCGUGAAAACGAAUCAUUUCACCUGGAAUCAUCAAUCUUCCGGAGGAGACAUCAUGGGCUUGAUGGACGUCUUGACCAAAACGUUAAGGCACAGUCCGGUGGCCGUUAAAGAAGACCCAGACUUCAACUCAAGGUUCAAGAAAGUCAAAGAUUACCUGAGAGAGAUGCUGGCGCUGGUGAGAAAUGCGGAGAAGAAGCUGUUCAAGGGUCUCAAACAGGAGCAGGAGGAGGGGGCCAAAGUCACCACGGUCACCACGGUGUCGUUGACCAUCCACGUGGACUCGACAGACCUCAAGUUGGCCCAACUGCAGAAGGAAGUGGAGAAGUUCAAAUCGUUUAUGAAAGUGCUGGAUCGUUUCACUGCCCGACUAAGUUCCUUUGUGCUAAAUUCUCCAAACAGAAAAGCAUCCAAAGAGAUUGUGGACAAAGCCAUCGCCAUCCUGGAGACCAUCAAGGCUGUGUUCUGUGAGAAUCCAAACAGUGAGAACCAACAGGAGCUGAAGGAUCUGAUAGAUAAAGAGAUGGAGCUUCUCAAACAAGUCCAGAGGGAACGAGGGGUUUUGUAACCUUUUCCCAUCAAGAGACAUGUACAAUAGUCAAAAAUCCCCACCCCUCCCUUUCUUUCAUUUUUUAGUAUUCUUUCCCUGGCUCUAUAUCCCCCUAUAGAUAUAGAUAUAGAUUGAUAUAGAUAUAGGUAGAUAUAUAUAUGGAUUGUUAGAUAUAGAUAUAUAGAUAGGAUGUGAUAAAGAUAAAUAAAAAGUGAAAAAAGUAA